UUUAAUCAAAAGAGAUUCCUUUUGUUGUUUUCAGAGGUAGGAAACUUAACAAAUCAUCUAAUGCUUACAGUUUCCAAGAUCUUAACUGUUAUGUCUAACAAAGAGUUAAAGGAUGUUAUAGAGGAAGAACUACACACCAAAGUAAAUAUACAGGGUAGUCAUGGCGGUGGAUGUAUUAAUGAGGCAGUUACCAUAACAACAGAUAAUGGAGACAGGAUAUUUGUCAAGAUAAAUAAAAAGUUGGAGGCACGAACCAUGUUUGAUGGAGAGUUCAUUAGUUUAGAUGUUAUCCAUGCUAUGGAAGUUGUUAGAGUGCCAAAACCAAUUAAAGUGAUUGAUUUACCAAGUGGUGGGGCUGCAUUUCUAAUGGAAUGUCUAGACAUUCAUGGACUGUCAAAAUAUUCAGCUAAACUAGGUGAACAAUUAGCAAGGUUACAUUUACUGAAUGCAGAAUUGGAGGAAAAAGGAAAAAAGGGUGAAAAAUUUGUUGGUCGAAGUCAAUACUAUAAAUAUAUUGAUAAAUUUGGAUUUUAUACAGACACAUGUUGUGGUUUUUUAAAACAAGACAAUAUGUGGAAAGAUACAUGGCUAGAGCUGUAUGCAAGGAAGAUUGAUUUACAGAUGGAAUUGUUAAAUAAGAAUUAUAGAAAUAAUGAAGCCAGAGAACUAUGGUCACAGCUAAUACCAAAACUACCUAAAUUUUUUGAAGGAUUGGAAAUAAAACCAGCAUUGAUACAUGGUGAUCUGUGGGGAGGAAAUGCUGGGGAAACAUCUUCAGAACCAGUAAUCUUUGAUCCAGCAAGUUAUUAUGGCCAUUCAGAAUUUGAUUUAUCAAUAUCAAAGAUGUUUGGAGGUUUUGGUUCAUCCUUCUUUGACAGUUAUCACAAGUUAAUCCCCCAAGCAGAAGGAUUUAGAAAGAGAAUAGAUUUGUACAAAUUGUUCCAUUAUUUAAAUCAUUGGAACCAUUUUGGUAGUGGUUAUGAAGGAUCCACUUUAUCAACAUUGAGAACAGUACUUCAAUAUGUUUACCCAUGAAUCAGUCUUGAAUGGUGUAAGGCCAUUAACUUAUUACCUUACCUUAGUGCUUUCCUUGAAUUUGUUAUGCGGUAUAGGCUGGCUCUAUAAGUUUAAUUGAUUCAAAAAUAUUGAAAGGAGAUGUAUAUGUUGAAUUUCAAAUGAGAUGAUUUUUCAGAGUUCUUGAAAACUGGUGGUCAGAAGGUUUAGACCACCAAAAUUUGCAAAGAAGCAACACAAUUUUGGCAUUUUCCAAUAGAAAUAAUUGUGAGGACCAGCAGAUUUUCUUCAAGGACCUAAAGGGAAAAAAGAUUUGGAGAACUCUGAUUUUUAUAUGUACAUUUAAGCUGUUGAUUUUUAUACCAUCUGUAGCUUAGAGCUUAAUGUAUUGUUUAUUCAUACUAAUUUGGAUUAGUAAAUAUCAGCUUUGACCAGAAGCAAAUGCAAACCAUGAGAGAUUUCAACAGUUAGGACAGGCAUAUUAAGAAUAUUGCAGGGUUAAACAUCUUAUCUGGGACAGUGGUGUAACAGCACAAUAGAAGAACAAAUUUAAAAUCAGUUGGAAAAGACUUGACUUAUCAGAAUGGCGCUAUAAACACACCAAUCUAGAGUACUCACAAUUUCUGAGAUCUUGUUCAAAUCCAAUUCCAACUAAUUGAUAAAUCAUGGUUUCCCAAACUUGUGGCAUGUUUUCAAUAAACAUGUAAAAUAUUGUAUUUACUAAGCUAGAAAUAUUUUCAAUUUACACAGGGAGUAAAAUUGUUUUUUCGUAGAUGUAUGAAAUUCUGAUGGUAGUUCUUGUUUGUUUGUCAAUUCCUUUAAAAAUUUUCUUUUUUGUUUUAAGAUAUAUAUAUUUGAAAACAUUGUUAACUGUUAUCUAUUUAGCUUUAUAUUAUUUGUUUUUUUGUUUUAAUGAUAUUUGUUUGUGUUCAUAAUUUUUAUAUUAAAAUGUAUGUAACAUGA